AUGCUACUUUGUAACCCUGGAAAAACUGAAGUUCUUCAUCUCUCAUCUCGGUUUAAAAAACAUCAAAAUCUGCAAGAAAAUUUCUCAUUUGCCAACACUACUGUCCAAGUGUCGGAUAAAGUAGUCAACUUAGGAACUGUACUUGACAAGAACAUGACUUUAUCCAGCCAUAUAAAUGAGAUGUGUAAGAAAGCCAUUCUAAACAUAAAAUCAAUUGGCCGGAUAAGAAAAUAUCUAUCUAAAGAAGACCUAAAACGACUUGUAAACGCACUG